AAUCGUUUUUAUCGAAAUCGAAAUACUUGCCGGAAUAUUUGCCGGGUUGGAAGGAGGGAAUAGAGGCUCGCAGAUCUACGACUUGACUCUUUAUAAUUACUGGGAUCACGGACUGUUGCGUACUUUGCCUCCUGCCAGUCUUCGUGGACCGGACCGGGAGUCUUGAUGUAGAUAUACGUGUAGUCUUCUUGUCCGUCCUCAGAGUUAUGAAAGACAUAGCCGUGCAUACGCGAAGUUCCGCCCGCCAGUAACCCUGCUGCCUUCGUCGGAUCCUACGGCUACGUUUACACUAACAGGCUAGACUCGGAGAGUAUUCUGCCGUGGACCUUUCUCCCCGCCGUGGCCAUGGGUGGCGACACCAGCAAGCUGGCAUCACAGAGGGAGGUGGACGAACACUUCUUUGGCUCUAACCAGACUGCUGCUGCUGCUGCUGCUGCUGCUGCGGUGUAUGAUAAGUAUGUACACAAGGAGUUGGUGAAGAAGGACAUCAUUGCUGUUGUCAGGCGCUUCGCUCAGCUUCGUGUCAGCCGAGGAGAGUUCUAUGAGCCCAGUGGGAUUUGUCGGGAUUUGUUGAAGCUUCAGGGUACAAUACCAGUUCAGUAUCGAGGUAGUAUGUAUAAUAUUCCAGUGUGUCUAUGGCUGGAUCAUCAACAUCCAUACCGUGCACCCAUCUGUAUGGUGGAAUCCACCAACAACGUUUAUGUGAGGCGUGUGAAGAAUGUGGACAGCGAUGGCAUGGUCAAUCUUGCCUAUCUACAUGGGUGGAUACCCCUUAACUCCGAUAUCCUGGGCCUGAUUCAAGCGAUGCAGUAUCAGUUUGGACGAGAAUGUCCAGUGUACUCACGGUCAGCCAGUACCCAUGCUGCUGGUGUUGCUGCCGGCCGUCCCGCACCUCAACCAAACAGUAUCACAGCGCACCCCUCCACUGGCCCUCCGCGAUCCCCACCGCCCGAGUGCCCAGCACGCGCAUCGCAUCCGGCUGAUUCUGCUGCUGCUGCUGCUCAGGAGACGUCAUGCCCCGGCUCUCAACCAUACCCCAGUGAACCACCACCACCGUACCCUGGCCCGUCAUCUUCUAAUACCACGUCGGGGUCCUUGCUUGGUGCUGAGGGUUCCAGCAGUGAGGACACGCGCAGGAGAAGACUGCAGGCUACUAUGGAUGAGGCUACGGAGUAUACGUACAAGAGGUUGGUAAUGAAGGACCUCAUUGCAGUUACGAAGAAGUUCGCUGAGUUGCGUGCGAAACGAUCACAGUUCAAACAAUCCAAUGGUCAACGUUGCUACUUGGUGAAGCUCUAUGGUACAAUACCAGUGCGUUACAAAGGUAAUGUGUAUCAUAUUCCUGUGUGUCUAUGGCUGGAUCAUCAACAUCCGCACCGUGCACCAAUCUGUAUGGUGGAACCUACUCAGACUAUGCACGUCAAGCCCGGCAAACAUGUCGACAGCAAUGGCAUGUGCUAUCUGCCGUAUCUACAUGAGUGGAGAUACCCUAACUCCGAUAUCCUGAACCUGAUUCAAGUGAUGCAGUUGCAGUUUGGAGAGGAGUGUCCAGUGUUCUCACGCCCAGCUGGUGCCCCUGCUGCUACUGUUGCCGGCGGCCGGCCCACAGCUCAACCUGCCCAGCCAUCUUAUCCACCUAGACCAGGUGGGGCGCCCUAUCAACCGCCAGCAGUCGGUGGAUUCCCCAGCGGCGGGUACGGGGGCAUGCCCCUGCCGGGUCAGCCCCGUCCCGGUCCGCCUGGCCAGCCCUAUAACGGGGCCCGUGGUCCCCAGCCCCCGUACCCGGCCCAGGGUGGCGGCGGCGGUGGUGGUGGCUACCCGCAGUCACCCUACCAGGCUGGGCCCAACGCCACGCCGUACCCGUCCACCGGUCCCGCCCCGUACCCGAACAGCAGCAGCAGUAGCAGCACCCCGUACCCCACCCCAGGCCCUGCCCGACCCCCACAGCCCGGGUACCCGGGUGGGUUUGGACCUGGCCAGCAAGCACCGUACCCGGGCUCCUCUCAGCCGUACCCAGGUGGACCCGCACCACCGUACCCUGGUGCAAAUUCGUCUUCAUCUAAUACUCCCUACCCAUCCACAUGCUCAACAGGGCCGAGUAAUAUGUAUAGCACCUACCCACCACCUGGCCAAGCUAGCUCUCACAGUGGCGGACCAACGUCUACAGCAUCGCAUCACAACUCUAUCAUGUCCACAACACCCGCCGGUCUCCCUGGUGCAAUGGUGACAGAGCAACUGCGCGGUAACGAGGAUCCCGACAUUGAAGGCAUUCGUCGCAGAAGUUUGGUGUGCGGUGUGGAGGACAAGCUCCGGAGAAGACUGCAGGCUACUAUGGAUGCUGCAGAGCACGAGACAAGAGAGCUACAGCAGCAGCAGAGAGAUCUACACGCUGGUACCGACAAGCUAAACCGUGUCAUGGGAGAUAUAUCUCGUCUGCAGGCGGAGGCGGAAUUAAACAUCGCCACCAUGACGUCAAAGUCUGCUGAACUGCAGGACCUACUUGAGAAACUGGAUGAGAGUGCUAACAGUCAGCUGGAUGUUGAUGAUGCUGUCGUUGCCACGUACCCACUAUACACUCAAAUGAUAGCACUGAUUGCUGAAGAUAGCUCUAUUGAUGACACACUCUACUACCUUGGUGAAGCUCUGAGAAAGAAGGUCCUUCCUCUUGAUGUUUUCUUGAAGCAUGUCCGUGAGCUAUCAACACGUCAGUACAUGAUCCGAGCGACGUUGCAGAGAGCUCAAGAUGUGGCUGGCCUCUAGACAUCGUCACACUACACACUGUACAGUGUGCAAUGAAGACACCGUCCUGGUAUCCACGUUCACCGUCAGGUCAAUACCCCCACCACCCGGUGUGCAUCAUCCAUUCAGUGUCAGCUGUCCCUUGGAUUUCUGUCUGCUACACCAAGUUGCACUUAUGCCUACGCCUUGCAGCAGAGGAGCGCCGCCUGUACGUACCGUCUGCCAUUCGUUGUUGCUUGGCCUGUGUUACCGUGCCGUGAACGCUCGACUGUGCGCCUCCGUGUGCCGUGUACAUACUUCUUGGAAAAUGCGUUUGUUUGUUUCGUGCUCGACUUACCCCUGUACUUACACCCGUAGGAUUCUGUGAGUAGCGGCAAUGUAGUGCCUCCAGUCUAGGCGCAGCCAACAAGCCAACAUGCUCUCUGUCUCUUCGCCAGGGUUUGACAUAUUCCAAUCUUGUUCUCAAUUGGUAGCCGGGGAUUACUCUGGACGCGAUUGGUCGCUGUUGUUGUUUUCUGAAUUCUCAUCGUCUCGUAUCCGAACUCAUUUGCCGCUCUUGAGCUAUACGAAUAUUUUCACAGAUUUCUUCAUGCUUCUUCUUCUUUCUGUUGUUUGGCAACAAUCAUGUACUGGUAGCCCUUUACAACUGAAUCAUAUUCACGACCCUACCCCCCCCCCCCACACACACACUAUUGCCCUUUUAGUCUAAUAGGUUCAUUUAUUUUUACCCCCCCCCCCCCCCCCCCCCGCCUUGCCCCAUGACAAAAUAUGGGUUUCGCUCCCUGUUCGGGGAUUUUCCCGUCUUGCGAUUUUCCACUUCAUGCCUGCAGGUUUUCAGGCUGUUCAUGAAACUCGCCGUCCUGGUGUCUAAACGCCGCCACAGCCGGCUUUCUUUUUAUGCGAUUUGAAUUUUUUUUAGUUCUCUGUUUUGCGUUCACGUCGCCGCUUGCUACGAAUACUGUAUUCUUUCCCACCGGUGCGUUGCGGGAUGGUGUGUGUGUGUAUGUGUUUUCACAGCCAUUUCCACCCUCCAGCAUCCGCAUUGCCUGCUGCUGAGCAAAUAAGUUUAUGCUUGUAGCUCAACUUGGUCAUGAUCAUGAUCACAUAAAGAUAAAACGGAAUUUUUGUGUACUGUACCGUAUUGAUGAUUGUGUAUUGAGUUUGUUGUUACUGCGCGCCUUUUAUGUGCAUUCUCGGCACUCCUGAUUAUGGGCAUACAUGUACUUCAGGACAUGGCCAAGCUGCAAGAAGUUGAAUCAAUCUA